AUGGAUCUUCACGACUCAGUCGCCGGCUUUCCCGCAUCUGUCAGCACCAAGGACCCCCCGUCUCCGCGAGUCUUAAGCCUCCACGUGGCUUUGCUCAGCGGCCGGAAAUGCCUCGUGACGAACUUGUGUGGGACAACGCCCAUCUAUGAACUCAGGCGCCGUGUGGAGGGGCAACUGCAGUUGCGAAUCAAAGCGCUGGUCUUCGAUGGUGUCCUGCGCACCACCUGGACCAUGGACGAGGCGCACUUGCAGGAUGGCGACAGUGUGACCGCGCUGGUGGCGCCCACCCUCGCGCAGCCCACGCGGCACCUCCGCGCCUUUGCGGCGCUGCGCCGCGAUGGGCAGGUCGUGGCCUGGGGCGACCCGCUCUCCGGCGGACUGGGCGGACUUCCGGGCGGCACCUUCGCGGCGCGCGCGGUGCGCAGCUCGCACGCGGCCUUCGCGGCCAUCGGGAGGGAUGGCAGCGUGGUCACUUGGGGCUCUCCUCAUGCGGGAGGCGACAGUCACCAGGUGCAAGACCAGCUGCACGACGUGGUGGAUGUCUUCUCCACACACAGCGCCUUUUGUGCCUUGAAGCGCGAUGGCUCCGUGGUGACCUGGGGUGCCUGGUACGCGGGCGGUGACAGC